CAUCGCCCUGACGGUGGCAGUAGAUGGCCUUCGGCGGCAUGCCUGUGGGAGGUCCGCCGGUCUCGCGGCUUCAGCAGUAAUUCAGCGGCAGGGACGCCGAAGGUGUGGGACCAGCAGACCUCCCGUAGGCGUGCUGCUGAAAGCCGCCUGCCUGCCAUGCUGGGGGUGGCAAAGUACAUAGAGCCGCCCCUGGUGCUAGACAAUGUAAAAACACAGCAAUUUGUUUGCAGAGCCUCCUUCCCUAAAUAUCUGCUUUUGGUGGAGCCUAAUCAGCUUGGCUGGAUAUGCUGGUAGGAUCUUGGCAUCAUAUUAAUAUCACACGCUACGUUCUGUGAAUAUAAAUGUGCCAGAUGAAAAUAUAAUAAUCAACAACUAGUGAGUAAGGGGAAAAAUUCUGGCCCUAUUGGAAGUUGUAAGAGGGUAAACCAGGCUUUGUGGCCCCCUGCUGGAGGCCCUGCUAAUCUGCUUUGCCCUGCACCAGGAAAGGAGCAGCAAAGGUGGGUCCUCCCGGCCUGCCUAGAGAGGCCUCACAGAAGCAGCCAAUCAGAGUCCAGCAGGCUCAGAAGGGAUCCAUUUUGAAUGUGAGACCUGGCCGAGGGGCUGAGCUCGUGAAGACCUGCCAAGCGAGGUUGACAACUUACAGUGGGCACCAGGAGCAAGAAAAGGACCGCAGUACUCCAUGCAACAGCAGGAGAUUCUCAAGAGAUUAAUGUUACGUCAGUUGUGGAAUCAGGUGCAGCGAUGUUGAAGUAGUGGGAGCUUUGGAAGGAACUGCGUGGAAAAGAAAAAGCAGGAAGGGAGUCUUCAGCAGCACCACAUCCCAAAGGCAUCAAUUCUCUUCUUGUCAGCAGCAUUCAUUCCUCACAAUUCACAUCCAUAGGUCGCUAUGGAAAAAAUAAGCUUUUUACCUUUGUACAUUCUGAGAUGCCACAAUUAUUGCAAAGUUUUUCAUAACAGAGGCCAGGGGGCUCGCUCCAGUCAGGCUGAAGAAAGCUAGGGAGCCAGAGGAGAGGAAGUGCAGCUGAAGGGCUGGGUAAUGAAGACACCCUCAAGCCAUCGGUAAUGGAGCCCUAAGACAGUGAUCAGUCAAGGUAAAUGAAUAAAGAGGAAGGAGGGGAGGAGAAAGGACGCUCUAUCAGUAACUACAUAAGGAGCCACUGGCACUGGCAAGAUGGAAGGAGCAGUUUUAUUGGACACCAGCUUGGAGGGGUCAUGGAGGUGCCAAACAGCAAGGACCAGCGAGUGAAGUCAGCCAGAGCCAUCCAGAUCACCUACUACCUCCAAACCUAUGGCUCUGUCGCCCAGGCCCUCAUUGGUGAAAAAUGGGAGAGUGAAUUCUGUAAACUGAUGCGCAAGCUGCAGCUGGAUCACCAAGAUCUGCAGCUCUACUCGCUAGCAUCCUUUAGUCUUUGGAAGGACUUCCACAAGAGCAGCCUCUUGGCCAAGGGCAAGAUCUUAGUGAGCCUGAUGCUCAUUCUACUGACUGCUAUGCUCUCGAGCUCCAUGAAGGACUGCCUGCGUGGCAAACCUUUCCUGGGAUUAUUGGGAGUAUUUACAAUCUGUAUCUCCAGCGUCACUGCGGCAGGGAUAUUUUUCAUUACUGAUGGAAAAUAUAACUCUACACUGCUGGGAAUCCCCUUCUUCGCGAUGGGUCAUGGAACCAAAGGAGUGUUUGAACUUCUUUCAGGAUGGCGCAGAACCAGAGAGAACCUUCCAUUCAAGGAUAGGGUAGCAGACACCUAUUCCGAUGUCAUGGUCUCCUAUACAAUGACGAGCUCCUUGUACUUCAUAGCCUUUGGUAUGGGUGCCAGCCCUUUCACCAACAUCGAGGCUGUGAAAGUUUUCUGCCAGAACAUGUGUGUCUCCAUCCUGUUGAACUACUUCUAUAUCUUCUCCUUCUUUGGCUCUUGCUUGGUCUUUGCUGGGCAGUUGGAACAGAACCGUUACCACAGUAUCUUCUGUUGUAAAAUCCCUUCAGCAGAAUACCUGGAGAGGAAACCUGUGUGGUUCCAAACCAUGAUGAGCGACGGCCAUCAGCACACUUCUCAUCAUGAGACUGACCCCUACCAGAAUCACUUCAUCCAGCAUUUCUUACGAGAGCAUUACAAUGAAUGGAUUACUAACAUUUACGUCAAGCCAUUUGUGGUGAUACUGUAUCUCAUUUAUGCCUCUUUCUCCUUUAUGGGGUGCUUACAGAUCAGUGAUGGGGCCAACAUCAUCAACCUCCUAGCCAGCGAGUCUCCAAGCGUCUCCUAUGCCCUCAUUCAGCAGAAGUAUUUCAGCAACUACAGUCCUGUGAUAGGAUUCUACAUCUACGAACCUCUUGAAUAUUGGAAUGGCACUGUGCAAGAAGACUUAAAAACACUGAGCCAUGGUUUCAACACAGUGUCCUGGAUUGAACAAUACUAUCAGUACCUGAGAGUUGGCAACAUCAGCACCACCAACAAAAGUGACUUUAUCAGCAUCCUCCAGAGCUCCUUUUUAAAAAAAUCCGAAUUCCAGCACUUCAAAAAUGACAUCAUUUUCUCCAAGGCUGGAGACGAGAACAACAUCAUUGCUUCCCGCAUGUAUCUAGUGGCCAGGACUAGUGAAAACACCCAAAGGGAGGUGGUGGAAUUGCUGGAGAAGUUAAGGCCACUAUCUCUAAUACAGAGCAUCAAAUUCAUUGUGUUCAAUCCUACCUUUGUUUUCAUGGACCACUAUGGUUUAUCAGUAACUAUGCCUGUCCUGAUUUCUGGCUUUGGCAUCCUGCUGGUGUUAAUACUGACCUUUUUCCUGGUUAUUCAUCCUCUGGGAAACUUCUGGUUAAUUCUUAGUGUCACCUCAAUAGAGUUGGGUGUGCUAGGCUUGAUGACUUUAUGGAAUGUAGACAUGGAUUGUAUUUCUAUCCUGUGCCUUAUCUACACUUUGAAUUUUGCCAUAGAUCACUGUGCACCCCUGCUUUACACAUUUGUACUAGCAACUGAGCACACCCGAACUCAGUGUAUAAAAAACUCCCUCCAAGAGCAUGGGACAGCCAUUUUGCAAAAUAUUACUUCUUUCUUUAUUGGGUUGGUCCCCCUUCUCUUUGUGCCUUCAAACUUGACCUUCACACUGUUCAAAUGCUUGCUGCUCACCAGCAGUUGCACACUACUGCACUGUUUUGUUAUUUUACCCGUCUUCCUAACCUUUUUUCCACCCUCCAAAAAGCACCACAAGAAAAAGAAACGGGCCAAAAGGAAGGAGCGGGAAGAGAUUGAAUGCAUAGAGAUUCAGGAGAAUCCUGAUCAUGUAACAGCAGUCUGAAAGGCUUAGAAAAAAAAUAUAGAUAGAUAUAUAUUACAAAGCAUUGCACAGAGAUGCAGGGAAAGUAGAGCAAAGAUCUCAGCUGCUUGCGCUGGCCAGGUGUAACAGGGAAAAGGAAGACCAUGAAGAGGUAUUUCAUGACACAUCAAGGUGAACUCUUCUAAACAAAAUAACAAAAGUGAAAAUAAUCUAAAAAACUUUCUUUGAAUUCUCAUUCUCCACUAAGGAAGAGUCUGUGGGCCUUCAAGUGGUCUUGAAUUUAAAACUCUAGCUCUAAAUGUGAAUUGCUCAAUCUGCCACAUGUAAGACUGAAGUCAGGGAGUGGGGGAGAGGAAGAGUUAUCAAGAUGAAAAUAGCGUACGCUAGAAUGGUUUGAUAAAGUUGCCCAGCAAAAAGCAACAAGGGUUUCAAACGAGAAAAAAUAAAGAAGAAAAGUAGGGGAGGAGUAAAAAUGCCAUAUUAUUUUUCUUAUUUCUUUUCUUAAGCAGGUUGGUUAAAGUAAACCUAUGCACUUGGGAAGUAGAUAUUUAAAUCAAUCUCAGCCAAAGUACUUCCCAACUUGAAUAUACAGUGUGUAACUAUAUACCGCAGUUAAAACAUUAUCAUGAAUUCAGAUGGUAAAGCUAUACUGCCAUGUGAUACAGGUACUGAAUAUAUGGGUAUAUGGAAGAGGAAAUAAGU